UGUAAAUUAGCUUCAAAUGCACGAGUUUAGGAAACAUAGAGAACGAUCAAUGUCAAUUUAAAUUGUCAUUUGUCAAUUUGGGCAACAGCAAGCGGCAGAUGAAUGUAUUUGUUUAUAUAGUUAGUAAAAAUAAUACAAAACAAAGAAAAUAACACCAAAUUUACAAAUAUAAAUCAUUAGAAACUGCAACAAAAUGCCAAGUGAAAUGAUAACACUCCAACUAGGCCAAUGCGGUAAUCAAAUUGGCUUCGAAUUUUGGAAACAGUUAUGUAUAGAGCACGGGAUAUCUCCUGAGGGUAUUUUGGAGGAGUUCGCAUCAGCUGGCUCGGAUCGCAAAGAUGUAUUCUUCUAUCAAGCAGACGACGAUCAUUACAUUCCGCGGGCGGUGUUAUUGGAUCUCGAGCCCCGUGUUAUUCAUACCAUUAUGAACUCGCCGUACGCUAAGCUCUACAAUCCUGAGAAUGUAUAUUUAUCAAAACAUGGUGGUGGUGCGGGCAACAACUGGGCAUCUGGAUAUGCUCAGGGCGAAAAGCUGAAUGAAGAAGUGUUUGAUAUCAUAAACAGAGAGGCAGAUGGUAGCGAUAAUUUGGAGGGUUUUGUGUUGUGUCAUUCAAUUGCUGGAGGCACUGGCUCAGGAAUGGGCUCAUAUAUUCUGGAGCACUUGUCUGACAGAUUUCCAAAGAAAUUGGUACAAACUUACAGUGUCUUCCCUAAUUUGGAUGAAAUAAGUGACGUAGUGGUGCAGCCAUACAACUCGCUGUUGACGUUGAAGAGGCUGACAGAGAGUGCAGACUGCGUGAUGGUACUGGACAACACGGCGCUCAACCGCAUCGCCAGUGACCGGCUACAUAUACAGAACCCAUCCUUCGCGCAAAUCAACACGCUUGUCUCAACCAUUAUGAGUGCCAGCACUGCUACUUUAAGGUACCCUUCAUACAUGAACAAUGAUCUGAUAAGUCUGGUAGCACCUUUGAUUCCGACACCGAGGCUUCAUUUCCUUAUGACAGGAUAUACUCCAUUAACAGCCGACCAUGAGCUUAAUGCGGCGCCAAAAAUUCGCAAGACAACAGUGUUAGAUGUAAUGCAGAGGUUGCUGCAGCCAAAGAAUAUGAUGGUGUCGCUCAGUCCCGACAGGACGAACCAACACUGUUACAUAUCGAUAUUAAAUAUUAUACAGGGAGAAGUGGACCCGUCGCAAGUGCACAAGUCGCUGCAGCGCAUACGCGAGCGCAAGCUGGCGUCGUUCAUCCCGUGGGGGCCGGCGUCCAUCCAGGUGGCGCUGUCGCGGCGCUCUCCCUACGUGCACGCCUCGCACAAGGUGUCUGGGCUACUGCUUGCCAACCACACUAACAUAUCCUCUUUGUUCGAUAGAUGUUUGCAGCAGUUUGACAAGUUGCGCAAGCGCGAAGCUUUCCUCGAGGUAUUCCGCAAAGAGCCCAUGUUUAAGGAAUCGCUCGAGGAAUUCGACGAGUCGCGCAGCGUUGUGGACGACUUGGUGCACGAGUACCAGGCCGCCGCCACGCCAGACUAUGUGCAUUGGAAUCCAGAGAGCAGCCAAAUAUAACGAACAAGGUGUGGGUGGUCGGAGUUUUGUACAAUGUGACAGGAUCGGAUGUAGGACGGAGCAAAUCCAUGGCGUAGGAGUCCGCAUGCAUGCCCUCACCAUUUAUUUAAGUUUUAUUUAACAAAGUGCCAUUUAUUGCGUAAUCUCGAAUGUUAACUCGAAUAUCGAGGCAUGGCGGCCCGAAACACGAGACGAAAAUAAAACCGAUACACAUUUUAUUACCAAGAAUUUAUUUUAAUUUAAUAAUGGCUAACUCUUCAACGCUCCUUAUACCAUACAUGUAUCACUCUCGUGCGAAUAUUACACUCAAUGUGGUUUGUACGUCCCUGAUGCUUUACUGUACAUUUAUUUAUUUCAUUCAUCAUAGUUUAGUUACUUUCAGCUGAAUAUAGAAAUGUAAAUAUUGUUAUGUUGAAUGUUGUUAUAUGGAGUUAAAAAAAAAACACUUAUUAAGUUACAUAUAAAAAUAAAAAUUGUGUUUCUCCACACAUCUGAGGCUACAGAGAGCAGAUCUAUACAUAUUUAAGAUCACUUUACUCCACUUCAAUAGGACUUUAUGUACAGGGACCAAGGUUCAACUUCCUUAAAAUUUUCACAAAUUCCCAAUUGUUCUUAUUCCAUGAAUAAAUGUUUAUUUCUAAAGCA